UUCUUAUCAUGCUCUCCCUAAUUUUAUAUAUAUUUUUGUUUGCCAGCAUAAACGCUCAAUCUCUUGCUCUUGAAAAACGAGCAUGCAACACUGAGAAGAUAAUAUGGAUUCCUGACUAUGGUGAAUACUAUGAAGAGCAAGUUGAACUGUCACUUGCUUCCAGAACAAGCAUGAAUCCUGAAUCAAUGACACGAAUUCUAAAGGAAGAGUGCAAGUUCGAAAAAGACGCUUUCCGAGUGAAAAGAAAAACCAAUUUUAUGGUCAAAGGAGCACACGAUCUAUACCAUAAACUUAAAAAAUAUUAUAAGUACUUUGAACAUGUUAUGAAAGUUAUGAGUUUUGUGGAGGUGAUCCACGACCUGUGGAGUGGUGGAAAGCUAGUCAUGCAAUUCUUUGAACUUGAAGAAAUGAAAGAAGCUCUAGAAGAUACUUUUCGGACAAGUAUUCAAUUGCUGAUUAGUGGAGAGAAAAUUCCAGAAAUAAUUCUCAAUCACCCAAACGUUUUAUCUGCACUAAAACAAAGAAUUCCAAUUCAAAAUCAACAGCUUCUUUCACGUGUUGCUGCUUCAGAUGUUACUUGUUACCAACGUGAUAAACAUUCUCAAGUCGUCAUGGUGCUGAAGCUGAAAGUUCCCAGAGUUUAUGAGAUUCCUGUGAAAAAAUGCGACGACAUUUCUGUAAAUAAUGGUCUACUAUAUCACGUAUCUGAGACGGAAUUGUUGAGAAGACUGGAAAUAGAUAUCAAGAAAUGUUUUUUUGAGAGUUUUGCAUUUUGCCCUCCUGGAGCUGUUCGGGAAAUAAAUUGCAAAGAAGAAGAUCUCAAAAUUUGCAGGGUUUCGCUAGAAAGAAAGGGAUCAGACAGCAAAUUCUCCUACUUUCAACUAUUUUGGAUACCUGCUAUGAUGUACAUCAAUAUUUAAAAAAUCUAAUUCCAUUGUUUUAAUUUUUAUUUCGGAUACACAUUAACUUAUUUUGUUGAAUGCAUACAUACUGUAUACGAAUUAUAAUUGAAUAAAUAAUUUAUUAC